AUGGAUGCGGCGGGGCAUGGCCCCGGUGGGGCCGCUUUUGGCCUCACAGUGGAGGACUUGCAGACCAUUAUGGAACACCGAGGCCCCGAGGGCUUGGAAGUACUGACAAAUAAUUUUGGAGGUGUUCAAGAAUUAUGUAAACUGUUGAAAACAUCGCCAACACUGGGUCUGGAUGAGACUGAUAUUGAACUCAGGCGGAAGGUGUUCGGCUGCAAUGUGAUUCCCCCCAAACCACCCAAGAGCUUCUUUCAGUUAGUAUGGGAAGCAUUGCAAGAUGUGACUCUGAUCAUCCUCAUUGUUGCUGCUAUCAUCUCUCUAGGAUUAUCAUUCUAUAAACCUCCAAAGGAAACUGCUGAGUGCCAUGAAACAGGCAUGGACUGCCUUUACUCAGCCUCAGUAAGGGAGGAAGACACAUACAGGGAUGACGAGGAGGGUCUGGAAGAGGCAGCUGGCUGGAUCGAUGGUCUGGCCAUCCUGGUGGCUGUGGUGGUGGUGGUUGUGGUGACAGCAUUUAAUGACUGGAGUAAAGAGAAGCAGUUCCGGGGCCUCCAGAGUCGAAUUGAAAAUGAGCACAAGUUUGCAACCAUCCGCAGAGGUGUCCUCGAGCAGAUUCCAGUGAGUGAUCUGGUUGUCGGAGACAUCUGCCAAGUGAAAUAUGGUGACCUUUUACCAGCUGAUGGUAUUGUUAUCCAGAGCAAUGACCUCAAAGUGGAUGAGAGCUCUCUCACUGGAGAGUCAGACCAUGUCAAGAAGGGAGAGACCACUGACCCCAUGCUGCUAUCAGGUACCCAUGUUAUGGAGGGCAGUGGAAAGAUGUUGGUGACAGCAGUGGGACCUAACUCACAGACAGGAAUUAUCUUUGCACUCCUCAAUGAGGCCCCAGAGGAUGAGCCCGAUGACAACAAGAAGAAAAAAGGGGAUGAUGAUAAGGAAGCAGCUGCCAGCCUCCGGGACCAGGAACAGAAAAAACCAC